AUGGAUUCUCCAGCCAAUUCACAGAAAACAGUUUCGGACGACGAGGAGAUUGAUUACUCGAUCAAACCAGAAUUCUAUGAUUCGGAUCUCGACGUUAAAGAUGAGCUAUGGAUGGUUAAGAAAAGAGAUGGUCGUACUUCUGAUGCCGUUCUUAGCUGUCCAGCUUGUUUCACCACCGUCUGCUUAGAGUGUCAAAGGCACGAGCAGUAUGUGACGCAGUACAGGGCAGUCUUUGUGGUCAAUUGCAAAGUAGAUGAAAACAGGGUUCUGCAACACAAUUCGACACCACCCUCGAUAGUUGGUAAAAGAACGAGAGAUUCCGAGAAGCAAGAAGCUGGUUCUGCGGACGGCGAAAGACUUAACCCGGUCGUUUGCUCAACUUGUUCGACGGAGAUCGGAGUCUUCGACAGUGAGGAGAUCUACCAUUUCUCUAAUGUCAUUCCAAGCGAGCCUUAA